GUCAUUACAAUACUGUUCUUUAUUAAAUAUCUUCUGCAUGCAUAUAUAAAGUAGCUUCACUCAUAGAGCUCAUGAUUAAUACAAGAAUGAGGAGUAGGAACAUUUGAAUAGCCGAAGAAGAUUUGUGAAGUUUGUAAGAUAAUAACUACUGCAGAAAUAAUCAAAAAGAUUUGAUUUUUGAGAAAGGUAUACACACAGUCUCAUGAACUGACAAUUUGAACAUUGAAGUACAAACAUUUUCUAAAUUUAAAACAGUUAAUUUAAAGGAUGUCUAAUGGGUCAAAGCUCGAAGACAUGCCUCAUCAGAUUCUGGCAGAGAAUAUAUGGCUCUAUGUCUCACCAGUCUUGCUUCUGAUUGGUACAGUCGGAAAUAUACUCGUCAUCAUCGUUCUUUCACGAAAACAAAUGCGCAUAUCCACGUCAAGUAUUUAUAUGAUUUGCCUGGCAUUCAGCGACCUAGGUGUCCUCUAUACCGGACUACCCAGACAGUGGUUAAGGAGAUUUGGAAUCUGGAAUGAUGAUUCCAAUGAGUAUGUGUAUACUGAUCUUCGAGCAUUCACCGAGGCUGGUUGUAAAUUCCACAUUUUCAUGCUGUACUAUUUUCAGCAUAUGUCGACAUACAUUCUCAUAUGCUUCUCAUGGGAACGUGUCAUCGCUGUCUAUUUCCCCUUCAGGUUGAAGGAAAUUUGUACCAGAUUAACCGUUUUCCUGUGUCUGCUCUCAACCGCUUUUCUUCUGUUGAUCUUCAACGGGCACUUUUUCUGGACGUAUCAGCUGAGCAUCAAGAAGCUACUUUACCCUCCGUUCAAAGAGAUCAGAUUUUGCGAACCGAAGGAUAAAGAUUUCCGACUUCUUUGGAGACAAAUCCACAUGUGGGCUGGAUCCUUUGUGCCAUUCAUCAUCAUGGCAUUACUGAAUGGAUUGAUCAUCUUUAGGCUGUGCUUAUUAAAGCAUAAAUCUGCAGUGCGAUCUACAAGACCUGUUGGCCCAACAUCUGCAACUGUUACAUUAUUCAUUGUAACAGUCGUGUUCUUGCUUUUGACGGCACCUAUGGCGCAUUACUACUAUUAUGUUGCAGCGUCCAAAGGUUUAUGGUAUGACGUUAAUGAUGUCCGAAAUCUUGCAAGCAGAAACCUUCACUUCGCCAUAGUGAACAUGCUGCUAUACCUGAAUAGUGCGAUAAACUUUCUUCUUUACUCUGUUUCCUCGUCUAAAUUCCACAAGGAGCUGACUUCGCUGUGCUGUCGACAGAGAUCAGUUGAGACUAGAGCAACGAAAGCGCAAUGUAGGGCUCUGCCUACAGCGAGAUUGUCUCACAUGUAAGGACUGGACAAUAGAUUAAACACAUUUGGGGCCUCAG